AUGCUGGCGUGCGGGGGCCGCGACGAUGGGCUCUUCCGCGCUGCGAUCGCCCAGAGUGGCAGCCCUGUGUUGAUGUGGUCCUCCGUCUCGGCGACGGACUGGCAGCCGCUGUACGAGGCUUUUAUGAAUGCUACGAACUGCACCAAUGCUGUCUCAUGGAGUCCGCUGGACUGUCUGCGCCGUGCCCCGGCCGCUAAUCUCUCUGAUGUUUUCAGCAGCAACCUCACCACGCUCAACCGGCCCAACCCCGUUGUGGACGGCAAUUUCCUCCAAAAGUUGGAGUCUUCCGCGAUCGAGGCCGGCGACUUCGUCAAGGUGCCCCUGCUGCUCCGCACCAGACAGGAAGAGGGAGCCUGGAGCUACUAUAGCGUUGAGGGGAUCAACACCACCGCUGAAUUCCGUGCCAUGGUCGAGUAUGAUGGGUUAAGCACCGCCGCAGCCAACAAGUGGGCUGAACGCGGCGUUGACGUUUAUACAUACGUUUAUGACGUUCUCUUCCACGCCAAGUGGUGGCAGCACGGUGCACAGGAGCAGGGCGGCGUCGCCUUCCUCUUCCAUAACGUGACCCUGUCCGAGUCGCUCAGUCCCACCGACCAGGCUGACCAGAAGAAGACCUUCGAGCCGCUGAAUGUCACCGAGCUCUGUCGAGUGGAGCCGGACACCUACCGGUCGGCCGCAAUUUCGCACUGGAUGGAGCUGUUUCAGACAUGCGAGUAUCCGAAAUAG